AUGGACCGCAACGACCCAGCGAACCGCGGGGUGAAGGAGUAUGGAUGCGAGCAUUACCGACGGCGUGCCAUGAUAGUUGCACCGUGCUGUGACAAGCCCUUUUGGUGCCGGCACUGUCACAACGCCGCUUGCAACGAUAACGAGGUUGACCCGAAAAAGCGACACGUGCUUGACCGCAAGGCGAGUGGUUUUGCACUUUUAAGCGUGGUGUGCGGGUUGUGCGGCCUGCGCCAGGACAAGGCAUCCACAUGCACAGGCUGCGGCGUGGCGUUCGGGCGCUACACCUGCCUGCUGUGCUCCUUCUUCGACGACGACCUCUCCAAGGAGUGCUUCCACUGCCAGGACUGCGGCAUCUGCCGAGUGGGCGGUCGGCAGAACUUCUUCCACUGCCGCACGUGCAACUGCUGCUACUCUCUGUCGCUGCGGGACCAGCACGUGUGCAUCGAGAACUCCAUGCACGCCAACUGUCCGGUCUGCUGCGAGUUCCUCUUCGACUCCAUCAAGCCCAUCAUUAUCAUGCAAUGCGGCCACACCAUCCACCAGGAGUGCCUCCGCUCUCUGGCCGAGCACUCCACGUACACCUGCCCAGUGUGCAUGAAGUCCAUUCUGACAGCUGCGGCCAUGGAGCGAGUGUGGCUGGGGCUGGAUGAAGCGGUGCAGGCCACCCCCAUGCCUCCCGAGUACGCCAACCUCAAGGUGGGCAUUCUGUGCAACGACUGCACCGCCAGGUCCUCCGUCAACUUCCACGUGCUGGGUCACAAGUGCAAGGAGUGCGGCUCCUACAACACGCGGCGAACAUGA